AUUGGUCCAUCUGCCUGACGGAAUUUAAACGAAGACGGAGUCGGCGUAACGUUCUGGAUUUGAAGGCUAACGUCACUUUUCAAGGAUGCAGGUGCAGAGAGUCGUUCUCAACUCACGGCCCGGUAAGAACGGGGCGCCAGUUCCUGAAAAUUUCCGUCUGGAGGAGACGACUUUGGUACCUGACCUGAAAGAUGGGGAGGUUCUUGUUCGGACGCUUUACCUCUCUGUGGACCCUUACAUGCGAUGCAGAAUGAAUGAAGACACCGGUGUUGAUUAUGUGGCUCCAUGGCAGCUGUUUGAGAGUGUGGAUGGUGGAGGUGUCGGCGUGGUUGAGUCCAGCCGCUGCACUACUUGCAGUGAGGGAGGUGUGGUCACUUCAUUCAACUGGCCUUGGCAGACCUAUGCUGUUAUGAAAGGGAGUGUCUUACAGAAGGUUGACCCACAGUUGGUUGAUGGGCACUUGUCUUACUUUUUGGGUGCAGUUGGCAUGACAGGCCUCACUGCACUGUUGGGGGUAAGGGAGAAGGGUAAUGUGAUCCAAGGGGCCAAUCAGACCAUGGUGGUGAGCGGUGCAGCUGGGGCCUGUGGCUCCAUAGCUGGACAGUUUGGCAGGUUGGAUGGCUGUGUGAGAGUGGUUGGGAUUUGCGGUUCUGAUGAGAAGUGCAGAGCUUUAGUGGAUGACCUGGGCUUUUCUGCAGCCAUCAACUACCGUAAAGAGGAUGUCCCCACAAGGCUCAAGGAGCACUGCCCUCAUGGGAUAGAUGUUUACUUUGAUAACGUGGGAGGAGCCAUCAGUGAUACUGUAAUCACACAGAUGAACAAAGGGAGCCAUGUGAUCCUGUGUGGGCAGAUCUCUCAGUACAACAAGGAUGUGCCCUAUCCUCCGCCCCUGAGCGAGGAGAUACAGGAAACCCUGCAAAGGAAGAACAUCACCCGGGAGCGAUUUAUGGUGCUUAACUACAUGCACAAAGCAGAAGCUGCCCUCUGUGAACUCAGCCAGCGAGUUAAAGCAGGCCAAAUCAAUGUGCUGGAAACGGUGGUUAAUGGCAUCGAAAAUAUGGGAGAUGCAUUUUGCUCUAUGAUGAAAGGGGGAAACAUUGGCAAGCAAAUUAUAAAGAUAUCUGAGUGAAGAAAAUUACUGUAGCUGCACUGCCUUGGGAAAUUAACUCACAGUUGCCUUUCCAUCCAUAAACACUAACUUAAUGAACUGUAGUAUGAUAUUGCAUUGAUUAGCUGAGCCCAGUUGAUUACAAUUAUAAACCAUGAAUGAAAAAUUACACACUGUACUUUGAAAUUGUGUUCUUGAGAAAAAAAUAAAUGAAAUUUAGAAGUUAGAUCUGUCUUGAAUGUAAUAGUUUUUGAUUUAGACUUAUGGAAAUUGCUGUAGCAGUAAUCAAUGUAGAGUACUCUAUUCCAGUACUGCCUAAUGACAAUAAUCUACAAAAUCACUGCCCGUACUGUACUAGUACCAUAAUGACAUCAGCAGAUGUCUUCUUCUAUGGAGCCCCAAAACUGACAAAAGGCAGUAAAAGGUCAAAGACAAAAUCUUUUAGUAGAAUAAUUCUUCUUCUUUUCUUUCCAAUUAGUU